UCCCUGGAACUGGGAUUACAGACAAUUGUGAGUGAUCGGAAACGAACCCGGAUUCUCUAGAAGAGCAACAGGCGCUCUUAACCUCCGAGCCUUCGUUCCAGCCUCCCCCAUGCCUCCUCUCCACCCCAUCUCACCCCGCACACUCCAUCCCCAUUUUUGACAAGGAAGGGGAAAAUCUUAGGGCUGGACAAGAUCCGGGAGGCGGGCCUAGAGUUGAGAAGGCGGGGCCCCACGUAGUCCCGUCGUCAUGGGAACUCAGCCGCGCGGGAAAGGAGAACUACAGCUCCCAUCCAUCCCUGCGCUCCCGGUCCUCAAGAUGGUGGCCCGCAAGAAGAAACCUGGAGCGUGCGGCCACGAGGGGAGCAUACCGAGCCCACCGGGUUAUUCAGCUAUUCCAGUCAAGUUCUCGGAAAAGCAGCGGGCUUCUCAUUACCUCUACGUGAGACAGCACAGAGUUCGCCAAGACACCCAGUCCACGUGGCCCCCCAAUAGGACCCUUUUUAUCCUCAAUGUGCCCCCGUACUGCACAGAGGAGUGCCUGUCCCGACUCCUGUCUUCCUGUGGCACCAUCAAGACAGUGGAGUUGCAGGAGAAGCCUGACCUUGCCGAGAGGCCCAAGGAGCCAAAGUCGAAGUAUUUUCACCAGAAGCCCGCUCAGGGCUUUCAGGUAGCUUAUGUGGUGUUCCAGAAGCCAAGUGGAGUGUCAGCUGCCUUGAAUCUUAAGGGCCCAUUGCUGCUUUCUACAGAGAGCCACCCUGUGAAGAGCGGAAUUCAUAAGUGGAUCAGUGAUUAUGAAGAUUCAGUGCUCGACCCUGAGGCCCUGAGAAUCGAAGUAGACACAUUCAUGGAGGCCUACGACAAGAAGAUAGCUGAGGAGGAGACUAAGGCCAAGGAGGAGGAAGGAGUCCCCGAUGAGGAGGGCUGGGUGAAGGUGACGCGCCGGGGCCGCAGGCCUGUGCUCCCUCGCACAGAAGCGGCCAGCCUGCGCGUUCUCGAGAAGGAGAAAAGGAAGCGUGCCCGCAAGGAGCUGCUCAACUUCUAUGCCUGGCAGCACCGAGAGUCCAAGAUGGAGCACCUGGCACAGCUACGUAAGAAGUUUGAGGAGGACAAGCAGAGGAUUGAACUGAUGCGUGCCCAACGCAAAUUCCGGCCCUACUGAGCUGUUGUGGCCGCUGGAGAGCAGGCCUGCUCCCUCCCUCGGGGACGGUGCUUUAGGAAGCAGAUCCCAGGCCAAGAAGCCGCUGCUGUGUCUGUCCACAGCUCCAUCUCUACACCCGCACAGGCUGGACGUGCAGGGCAGCAGCAGCAUUUGGCCUCCAGAGAGCUGACCCUGCCUCCUCGUGCCUGUAAAGAUGUUCCUGGGAAACCUGACUGACUAUCUGUUCUGACUCCGUUGCCCUCCAUGAAGCCCCUGCAGGCAACAGAGCCAUUGGAAUGCAGUGAAGACAGAUUUAUUUCCACACAGGCUGGCAGCCAGAACAGGCUCCAGAGACCCAACCCAGGCCCUGCUUCCUCCGCGCACCAGCUCACUGUAGCUUACCAAACACAAGCCCCAGGGCACCUGUCCCUUUCUUAAAGUCAGCUACUAAAGGCCAGAACCUUG